UUUACGGUACCUUGGGAUUCCUUCAAGCCAGUGCUCUGGUGUCAUAACUUCUCAACUCAUGUUCCGCCACUCCACGGUCCUAUAUCUCUACCGUCUACAAUAGUCUUACUGACGUCCCAUAUCAGAAGCAGUAGGCCGAUCUGCAUGCAUCGGCUGCUGUGGCUUGACGAGAAAUACCACCUGAGCCGUCCGACUUCGCGGUAGUCUCGUAACGCUGGCGUUUUAAUGGCUGACAAGUAUGUGUACACGCCGCUGAGCGAGGUGCCUGCAGCAGCGGGGCAGAAGGUCCACGUCAUCGGCGUGGUGGUCCUGGCGGACAACAUCCGCCACUCCCAGGGGACUGACUUCUUCUGCACGCUGCUGCUGGCGGACACGACGUGCCACAGCCCUGGCUACGCCGUCAACUACUUUGCUCACCCCGCGGAUCAGCUGCCUCCAGUCGCCAAAGUCGGCGACAUCAUUCGCAUCCACCGACUAUUGAGCACGGUGAUCCACACCGGUCCCCUGGGCACGGCUCGUGGAAAUCUGUACAGCAGCUACGCGCUCUUCUCAGGAGCGCCAGGCGCUUCCCUGCACCCGUACGCCUUCUCCCACGAGUCCUUCUCGCCGCUAUCCCGCGCGCACCAGCAGCUCAUCCAGCAACUCAGGCUCUGGGCGCAUGGCUUCCCCUUCCCCAUCCGGCCACUGAGAGCGCCAGAGCCGUUGCUGACCAUCAGCAGCAUCGAUGCAGACAUCGCCUUUGACCUCUGCGUGCAGGUGUGGCACAUAGUGAGGAGGGAUCACACGGUGGUUCUCUUCGUGUGGGACGGCACCGACCUCCCUCUCCCUUCCCUUUCCGCGCCACCAACGCCAAUCCCUUCCGUGCAACCGUCACAGCACAUGCAGCCGCCGCGCACAGGCCAGCCCCUCUUUUCCAUCGGAGGUCGCCCCACCCCUCCUCUCUCGGUGCUCCGGCGCAUUCCCCCCCUGGGCUCCCUGCUCCCCAUCACGUGCAACGUGGAGGACCCCCACUGGCUGCUGCACCGCCUGCACCCAUCUGUACCGCAGACGCUGCAGCAGGGGGUAGCAGGGGGGGCGGACAGGGCGGGGCGAGCGGGGGAGGGGGGAGAGAGACACGGGGAGGGGGGUGGGAGGAGAGGAGGUGGGGAGGAUGGAGAGGAGGGCGAGGAGGGGAGGGUGGCUGGCGUGUGGCAGGAGGCAGGCGUGCUGCCAUGUUGGGUGCGGCUGAGGAACAUCAGAGCCAAGUGCCAUGGCUGCAGAGGGGACUGGGUGGGGAUUUUCGACAAGAGCAGCCGGCUGAGCCUCGUCAGGGACCACUACUCCGAUGUGGUACAGCUAAAAAGCAAGUAUGCGGGGAGGGAAGCGAGUGAGGAGGCACACACGCGGAUUGGCAACAUGGCUCUGUGGGCUUCCAUCAAUCAACACACUCGAAUCGCCCGUAACCUUCAGCCCUACUCCACGCUUCGCCAGAUCUACACCCACCCAUUGGUGCCGUACCGCUUCCGCUGUGCAGCGCGGGUCGUCUUUGCCUCUGCUCUCCAUCCCAAGUACUUCACUGCCCUCUCUGCCAAGGAGGGGACGGUGGAGGGUGGGGGGGAGGGCAAACGGAUAGGAGAGGAGGCCGUAGAGGGGGCGUGUGGGAAGCUACGCAGGGGAGAGGGUGAUGCUGACGUGGCAAGACUGGAGAGGGCUGUGGUGCCGCUUGAAGACACUGAGGCUGAUGUGGCAAGGAACGGAGUAGAAAUGGAGGCAGAAGAGGGAGAAGCCAGUGGUGUGGGGAGGGCAGCGCCAGGGAAGGGAGAUUCCGCACGAGAAGACGGUUCAGGGCGAAAGAGGAAGUGGGCGGCGGGGCUUGUCCUGGUGCUGGAGGAUGCCACGGGUCGGCUGCUUGUGCGCCUCGCGCCACCCAAUGCUGAGGUCUUCUUUUCAGCGACAGCAGAGGAGUUGCGCAUGGAUGCAGCGGUGUGUGCGCAAGCAGCAGGAGGCAUGGCCGCGUUGUUAGGUGUCUCGAGAGACCAUGCGCAGUAUGCGGGAGGGGAACGCGAGCAGCAAGGAAAUGCAGGGUCAGAGGCGAAUGCAGCUAUGGAUGAAAACGGGGCACCUGGAAUGGAAACAUGGCCACGUGUCCCACCGUCCAUCGACUGCUGCGUCUUCUCAUACUAUCGUGUGAGGAAAGACGGGUGCUCGAGAGAAAAGAUGUUCCAGAUCUUCCAGACGAGAUUGUUGACCCAACAUGACGGUGCAUGAUGCUCCACUUCAGAUUUUCACUUCACUCCUCAUGGAGUCCAGACUCGUUGCUAGGCACUACAGGGAGCUCGUUGCACAUAUCUUUCGCGAGGUAUAUAAUGGAUGCGUAUGUGUAACACGUUACAUCGUUCUGACAUCAAAUUACGUUCGUUGAAGCGAGUGACGCCGUUGACCCGGUUUCGUCA